AUGGUUUCCCCGGUACAGAUCGAUUGGGCAAAGGUCGACCAGCCUGAGCUGACCCCAGGACGCUUCCCAAGUCGCAGGUCAGUCGUAUACGGUACCAAAGGUGUAGUGUCAUCAAGUCAGCCUUUGGCCACUGAAGCUGGCCUGGAGAUCCUUCGCAAGGGCGGUAACGCAGCUGAUGCUGCCGUCGCAACCUCCGCCGCGUUGAAUGUCACCGAACCGAGUUGUUGUGGUGUCGGCGGUGACGCCUUUUGUUUGUUCUUCGAUGCGAAGACCCGCGUCGUGAAAGCCCUGAAUGGUUCCGGGCAUUCCCCUCAGAAGUUAACUUUGGAAUACGCAAAGUCAAGGCUUCCGGGGGGAGAUCUACGCAUUCCCGCGACAGAUCUUAACUCAGUCACUGUUCCAGGUGCUGCUGCUGCAUGGGUUGACACCGUCGAAAAGUUCGGUACUGGCAAACUUUCUGUGGCUGAAGUACUGGAACCCGCCAUCAGACUCGCAGAGGAGGGAGUCCCCGUGUCCGAGUUCCACAGUUACGCGUGGCAGCGUUCGGAGAAGCUUAUCCAGAAUGCAUCUCCCAACGGCGACGAGAUGCUCUUGAACGGCAAGGCACCACUGCCGGGCCAAGUCAAGAAGUUCCCUACACUUGGGCAGACCUUCCGUGAGAUCGCUACCAAAGGAAAGGAUGGAUUCUACAAAGGGCGCGUCGCAGAAGCGAUUGUUGAGCUCAUCCAGAGCAAAGGUGGUGUGAUGGAAUUGGACGAUCUCGCGAAACAUGAGACGACGUUUGUCGAUCCUAUCUCAUACACAUAUGCCGGAGAAGUCACCGUUUACGAGUGUCCCCCGAAUGGACAAGGCAUAACAGCGCUCCUAGCUCUCGGGAUCCUUGAGCAGCUGCAGGAACAAGGUCUAAUCAAACCCCUCUCCCAAUUAGAGCACAACUCUGCCGAAUAUCUUCACGCCGUAGUGGAAGCCAUGCGGCUCGCUUUUGCAGAUAGUCAAUGGUAUGUCACCGACCCAGACUUUGGCAAAGUCCCUGUCAAAGAACUGCUGAGCAAGGAAUAUCUAGCCGCCAGAGCGGCAACUUUUGAUUCCAGCAAGGCCAAUGAUAAAUUAGAACAUGGAAAGCCAUUCAAUUCCUCAGACACUGUUUACUUCACUGUGACCGAUCAAUGGGGCAACGCAUGUAGUUACAUUCAGAGUAACUUCGCAGGCUUUGGGACGGGCGCUGUGCCAAAAGGGUGUGGUUUCACGUUGCAGAAUCGAGGAAGUGGGUUCAUCCUCGAUGAAUCGCACGCAAACAAAUUGCAGGCGAGGAGUGGCGGCAAACGACCUUACCAUACAAUCAUCCCGGCGUUGGCGACUCGAAAUGGUGAAUUGUUCCUAUCGUACGGUGUGAUGGGUGGAUACAUGCAACCUCAAGGACACGUUCAAGUGCUUCUGAACAUCUUGCGAGGCUUCACAGUCCAAGAUGCUCUGGAUGCCCCUAGGUUUUGCAUCUCCCCUGGAAUGCCCGAAGGCGCUCGUCAGCCAGGAAACGUUGUUGAUGCCAACAGCGAGGUUUACUUCGAAGAUGGCAUUACCGCGGAGACCAUCGCGAAGCUUCGGGAUUUGGGCCAUGAUGCCCGUCCCGUCACUGGGUUUGGGAGAAGCAUGAUGGGUCGAGGCCAGAUCAUCCAGAAGGUCAAGAAUGACACGGGAGAGCUGGUAUGGGCGGCGGGGUCCGACCUUCGAGCAGAUGGGCACGCUGCGGCGCAGAUAUAA